AUGGGAGAGGUAAGAUUGGAGAUAUUAAGUGUUGAGAAAGAGCGGGCAAGGAGAGAUCUACAUUCAAACAGUAAAAAACCAACAGAAGCAUCAGAUUCACAACAAUAUGACUCGAACUUAGAUACACCCGGUGUGAUCAAAACCCCAACAGCACAAGCACAUGUGUACGAGUUGAGGCAAAGAAGGGGUACGCAUCAAGGCACACCAGUUGAAGCUCAAGCAAACCAACCCAAGUUAGUUCCAUCCGUUACCAUCAAAAUCCCAAAAAAGUCUAGAGCAAAAGGAGCAACACAAACUCAGUAUGAACUUAGAGCAAGAUUAGAAAAACAAUUAGGAACAAAUAUCGAAGAAGAAGGAUUGAUAAGCCGGUCACAACCGAUGAAAAAAAGGUCAAGAAAUGUGGCUGAAAAAGAGAGCACACAACAACGAGUAAGCUUGAAUAGGUCCAACUUGCAGGGUAUGAUUAGAUUGAUUGGAGAUACUGAAUUCAGUCCCAAACAUAUAGCUUGCUUCAAAAAAACACCUUUUUGGUUAUUAAUUGAAGCAAUUGUGAGCAAGAAAUUGGUAAGUAAUCAUUGCAGAAAGUUUGAUGAAGUUGUUGUGAAAGUUAUAAAGUCCUAUGAUGAACGUACAAAAAUUUUUCGAUUGGGUGACAAGAAAAUGAAGCUCAAGGAUAAUCAUGUGAAGUUGAUUUUGGGAAUAUGCUGUGGAAAUGAAGAGAUGGUAGAAACAACCAUCAGCAAAGGAGACACUGCAUUAGCUAAGAGGUUGUGCAUCAAAGAACCAAGGUUAACAACUACAACAAUGAAGGAAAAGAUAAAAGAACUAAAGAGUAGCAACAAGCCAGAAGAUAUUGAAGACAUUGUCAGAUUGUUCUGUCUUUUCCUUUGUGUCACAUUGCUCUUUUCGACAAGUGGAACAACGGUGAAUUGGUCGUUUGUUUAUUACAUGGAAGACCUAGCAAAGGUAAAACAGUACAAUUGGGCUGGAGCUAUUACAGAUUAUUUGAUGAAGUCCAUUCACAAAAAUCAUAAGGAGGUCAAUGAAUUGCAUGGAUGUUCUUUGCUUUUAAUGUUUUGGCUUUUUGAGCAGACUAAAGUUCUACAACAAAUGAAUGCAGAUGCAGUUCCAAGAUUACUUAAAUGGAACAUUUCAGAGCUUCGGGACGUACUUAGGGAUUUUGAUCAAUUGAACCAACUUUCGGCUGAUCAAGUAAGUGAUACCAAGUUACGAGAAACAGAUAAAGAACAAAAGAUCUACAGCGAUCUUGGAAGUGAACAAGAAUGUGGAGAAAUAGAACCUCUUGAACUGGAGGUUGAAAAAGUAAGAAUGAGUGUUGAUGGUGAAUCUCCUCAACAAGCUAAAGGUUCUAGAGAAGCAAGGGUUGAAAAAGGGGCAGAUGAAGAAAAUGGACAAGGGUUAGAUGAUUUUAACACUCCCUCCAACCCGUCAUUGGAAGUUGAUUCGCCAAGGAGAAAGCACUAG